GCUCCAUUUCUCUAAACUUUCCUCUGCCACAGGGGCCAUGGGGAACCAGCUGAGUGUCCCGCGGAGAGUCGAAGACCAAGAGGAUGAGCCAGACACGAACACACACAAGGUGGCCUCCGGGGACGAGCAGGAGCACAACGGGGGUCUGGUGACCGUGGUGUCCACACACUCGGUUCACUGCUACGAUGAAGUCGACUUGGGAAUAAGUGUCCAGCAGGACACUGGGGACGCUUCUUCCCCCCCGACAAUGGGGCUCGGCGCGGGCGCAGACGCCAAGGCCAGCGGAAAGAAUCUCGGGCCAGAAGCCAGAACCCAGCCACCAGCUGCUAGAUCGAAUUUCUCCUUGACUCUCUCUCGGCCUGUACCAGGACGUACCCGAGACCGCGCCUCGGAUUCAUCGCGGGCACCGGGGACGCUUGAUGUCAGCCCCCAGAAGCCUCCGGGGAACAAAGACCCAAGUGAGAGCCCGGGUCUUCCGGCGGCAGCUGCACCCCGGCCCGACCCGGAUAAAAGCCCAGAGUGCAGCCCGGCCCGCGGAGACGGCAGCUCCGUCCGUGCAGAGUUGGGGGGAGAAGCCCCCGCCAAGCCCAAGGACUCCAGCUUUUUGGACAAACUCUUCAAGCCGGACAGGGGACAGGCAAAGGCACCCUCGGAGAACAACACCCCAGAGGCCGCCAGCCUCCAGCCUCCAGCCCAGCCCGCCGACACCCCGGGACCAGCCACGCAGUGCAACCAUGGCUCUGCCCAGACGGACAUAGUUGCCAGAGAGGAGAAAGAACCGGAAGUCAGUCCUGUGAGUUGCUCUCUCCCCCGGGACCCAGCUGAGGCGCAGCCCCAGACAACAGGAACAGAGAAUAACCAGUUCAUCAUGAGCUUCUUUAAAGCCCUGGUUUCACCUAAUAAAGCGGAAACAAAAAAAGACCCAGAAGACCAGGCAUCCAAAGCAGAGAUUGUUUGUGAUGGACACAUGGGGCAGAAGACGGCCCCGAUCCAGGCCAAAGGCUCCAAGAAAAAACAGCUGCAGAGCCCCAGGCUGGGACAGGCCUGUAGGAAACUCUUUAGACAAAAGGGCACUGAAAAGUCACCCUCCACUUCGACAGACCUUAAAUCAGAUAAGGUCAGCUGUGCCCCCCAGGACACCCCGCGGGGGGCAGCCAAGAACCCUCCAUCUACUGAACCAGCCAAGGAAGGGGCCAAGGAAAAGGGGGCGCCCACGUCUCUGCCUCUAGGCAAACUGUUCUGGAAAAAGUCAGGCAGAGAGUCGCCGGUCCCCGCAGGUACAGAGGAGAAUGUGGUGUGUGAAUCACCAGUAGAGGCGCAGGCGAGCGAGGAGGUGGAGUCUGACUUGCACACAGUGGAUCUUGGCGGAGGAGCAGAGCCCGCCCCCGAGCCCACGGAGGUCAAACUAAGACGUGAAGAGAGAAAACCCUCCAGAACGUCCCUGAGGGCGUUUUUCAGGCAAAUGUCAGUGAAGGGGGACGGAGGGACCUCUCACUCCGAAGAUACAAACGAGAAAGACGCCAGCAGCCAAACGUCCAACGCCGCCGCCGCGGAGAAGGUCGUCACGCCGCCGCCGGGGCCCGAGCCGGCAGCGGCAACCCCGAAGGGCAAGGAAGGACCCUCCAAGGACAAGAAGUCCCCCGCCGCCGCCCCCGCUGCCGCGCCCACCGCCCCCGCCCCGGCCUCGGAGACAAACAAGCCGAAGGGGAACAAGCAGGAAGCCCCAGCCCCGGAGCCUGCUGGGGCAGCUGCCAACGCCCUGCAGAACGGGGGCGGGCACGGCUCCCCGCGGAGGCCCGAGAAGUGGCGGCAGCCCCUCGGGGGCUUCUUCAAGAGUCUGGGACCAAAGCGGAUGUCGGAUGCCCAAGUGCAGACAGACCCCGUCUCCAUUGGACCCGCUGGCAAAUCCAAGUGCUGGGCCAGGUGGGGCUUCUCCAGGGUCAAGAAGAAGAAGUGGCCCUUGGAGAAGCAGAGCUGCUGAGCCAACAGUAACCCAAGGAGCAGAGGGCAAAGCCCGUCCCCUCUCUCCCGGUCAUCCCUGCGGGGACUUCGGACUGACGUCAGCUAAGGGCACUCUACAGAAGCACAGUCUCUGCAUCCCCAACACGGAGAGAUGCCCGAAGGGAAGGAAGGAAGGAAGGAGAGAGGAAUUCUCAGAACUCUCAGCCUCAGCAAAGUCUCCUGCUUUUGAACACAGACCUUCAUCCCUGCCGCCUCCUCCCCGCUCCCUGUCUUGCCGAACCCCUUCACUUGUUUGCAAACAGUGCAGAUGUUUUAGGGUCCCAUGCAUCCUUCCCCGGGGACCAGAGACGAGGGAGUGCAUCCUACAGGCUCCAGGGAGCAGAUUCCUGUCAUCAGGACCUCAAUAAACGUCCUUCUGCAAUCCGACGGACCCGAGUGGAACCUCAGCGGCAAAGCCAUCCGGACUCCACCUUUCGGGCGGGAGGGGAAACUGAGUUCAACGAUGAACCCCCGGCCCGAGUGCCAGCCACCCAGGAGGCCAGCUACGGAGAGGCGGGCUCCCAGAGCCCCACACUCACCAAUUCCCACGUGCCCAGGGAAGUCCUUCUGACACAGCAGCUGGCAGGGGGCGUGGAGCCAGGCUGCGCUGGGGUCCCCCUACACCGGCUUCUGGGGAGAGAAACCCCCUGGCCACGUGGAUGCUCUAGAUAUGUGAGCUCCCUCGGGAAGGAAGGAAGUGACUUCCCGAGCGGCAAACUCGGCCGAUUCGUAACUCAGAUCUCUGGUUGGGGGCCUGGAGCCGGGGCUGGGGGCAGCCCUUGGCCUAAACUGGCUUCCUGGGAGAGGGGAGAGGGGCUCCUUCGAUUUUCCCAGAAGCCCCCUGUCAGGGGCCCAACCCACAGGGGUCAGGGGACUCCCUGCCAUGUCAGAGUUGGGAUAACCUAGUCACGUCUCACAUCUCGCACUCGAGACUCGGGUGCUCAGGAAGCUUCUGGAUGCCUCGGUGACAGCCCCACGUCCGUCACUGCACCAAGUCAGCCUGCUGUCUCGUUGCCUUUUGGGGACACUGGCCAACACCUGGACGCUUUGGCCUCUGUCGGCCCCACCCAGGGGCCCUUCCAGGCUGUGUGGCUCCAAAGGACUCCUUCCUCCCUCCGGGGGUCACUAACCAACGUAUUUUUCUUAACUCCAGGGCCUGGGGUCUGGCCUUUGCCCAGAGGAGACGUUUCCUCUCCCUGGUGCAGCAGGAAGUGGGCCCGGCCCGCUCUGCAGAAUUGAUUAUGGGCGUCCAGAGCGCAGUCAAGUUCAAGGAGGAAAUAGUAGGACUCGAGGAAAUGGGGCAAAAGCACUUUCCUCUGGGGUUUCACUCUCCUCCCACCAGCAGAGAUGAGGUGGGCUGGGGGGUGAGGGGCAGGUUUUUGGGUAGGGUU